AUGGUCGGCGGCGUGUGUGCUCGCAGGCUGGCCCGCCGCUCGCGGUCGGCGCUGAUCGCAGCCCUCACGGUGCUGCUGGUGCAGACCCUGAUCGUGUGGAACUUCAGCAGCCUGGACUCCGGCGAGGACGGAGGCGCCAGCGUGCGGGAGAAGAGGGACCGGCUGGCGGGCAACAAAGCCGCGGGCAGCGACUACUUCCAGCAGCGGGUCCAGCAGCGGCAGCAUCUCCCUCCUCCUCCGCCGCCAGGGAGGGGGGCGGCUCGCCACAUCCAACAGCCGGAUGGAUAUUACUCCCACCGGCCGAAGGAGAAAAGUAGAGUCGACAGCAACAACGAGAACUCUGUGCCCAAAGACUUUGACAACAUAGACAAUAGUAACUUUGGCGCACGCUCGCAGCCUAACCGGCAGUCUGUCGGGGCCACGAGCAGCAAGCAGCAGCGGGAGCACCUGCAGGAGAAGGCCCACGCGCAGCAGCAGGCCUGGCGGGACAACUCCCCCGGGCUGAGCCGCAGCUCCAAUGAAGUACUGCCCGUCGGCCAACAGUCCCUAGCGGUAUGGAACAACUCCUCCUACCUAGGUGGUCAGGGUGCUGUGGGAGUUCCACGGCAGCAGACCCGUUCCUCACAGGCCCAGCCGGCCCAGCAGGCCCAUCAGGCCCAGUCGCAGCACAGACAUCAGCACCCCCACUGGAGGCAGGUGACCGCAGCACCGCUGGAGGUGACCUACGACCAGCCGCCCAAGUGCGAGAUCAGUGGGAAGGAAGCCAUUUCAGCGCUCUCCAGAGCCAAGAGCAAGGAGUGUCGGCAGCAGAUCGCCGAGGUGUACUGCAGACACAAGGAAGCGCAGUUAAUGCCUGAGAAGGUCACUCGCUACUGCCACCUUGAGGGUAAAGCCAACGUGAAUGUCCAUUGGGAUGAGGACUCUGCUGAGAGUUUCCCAUUAAAACCAGUGAGAAUAGGGUUCGUCUUGGUGGUCCACGGACGAGCCGCUCGCCAGUUUCAACGCCUCUUCAAAGCCAUCUACCACACCUCGCACUACUACUACAUCCACGUUGAUCAGCGCUCCAACUACUUGCACAGGCAGGUGCAGGCCCUGGCUGCACAGUAUCCCAACGUGAGGGUGACACCGUGGCGCAUGGCCACCAUCUGGGGCGGUGCCAGCCUGCUGACCAUGUAUCUCCGCAGCAUGGCUGACCUGCUGGCCAUGAGGGACUGGAGCUGGGAUUUCUUCAUCAACCUCAGUGCUGCGGAUUAUCCCAUCAGGACCAAUAACCAGCUGGUGGCCUUCCUGUCCAAAUACAGAGACAUGAACUUCAUCAAGUCACAUGGCCGGGACAACGCCAGGUUUAUCCGUAAGCAGGGUCUGGAUCGUCUGUUCUUCGAGUGCGACACCCACAUGUGGCGGCUGGGCGAUCGUAAAAUCCCAGACGGCAUCUCGGUGGACGGCGGCUCCGACUGGUUCCUGCUCAACCGCAUGUUCGUGGAAUAUGUGAUGAACUCCAAGGACGACCUGGUCACCAACAUGAAGAGAUUCUACGCCUACACACUGCUGCCUGCCGAGUCCUUUUUCCACACGGUGCUGGAGAACAGCGCCUACUGUGACAGCAUGGUGGACAACAACCUGCGCAUCACCAACUGGAACCGUAAACUGGGCUGUAAGUGCCAGUACAAGCACAUCGUGGACUGGUGUGGAUGCUCCCCGAAUGAUUUCAAGCCUGCAGACUUCCACCGCUUCCAGCAAACUGUGCGACCCACCUUCUUCGCCAGGAAGUUUGAAGCCAGCGUGAACCAGGAGAUAGUGAACCAGCUGGACACCUACCUGUUUGGACCCUUUCCUCAGGGAAUGCCGGCGCUAAACUCGUACUGGGAGAACGUGUACGACGAGCCAGAUGGAGUGGCCAGCCUGUCGGACACGCAGCUCACGUACUUCCACUCCUUCUCUCGCCUGGGCCUGGCCAGGGCUGCCGCCUCGCUACAGGGUAACCCAAAGGAUCACAGCUGCAGGUACUUCCCCAUGGGCCACCCGGUGUCGGUGCAUCUCUACUUUCAGUCGGACCAGUUCCAGGGCUACCUGGUCAAGCAUCACGCCACCAACCUGGCCACCAGCAAACUGGAGACCAUGGAGACCUGGGUGGCGCCCAAGAAGAACUUCAAGCUGAGCACGCCUGCGAGCAGCACGUUCAGCAGGUUGCAGUUUGCGGAGAUCGGUGCGGAGUGGGACGCCAAGGAGCGUCUGUUCAGAAACUUCGGCGGCUUAAUGGGUCCCAUGGAUGAGACGGUGGGCAUGCAGAAGUGGAGCAAAGGGCCCAACGUCACCGUCACCGUGGUGUGGAUCGACCCCACCAACGUCAUCGCCGCCACCUACGACAUUCUGAUCGACGCCAGCGCAGAGUACACCCACUACCGCCCGCCGCUGAACCAGCCCCUGCGGCCGGGGGUGUGGAGCGUGCGCAUCCUGCACCACUGGAGCCCCGUGGCCGAGAUGAAGUUCCUCAUCGCCCCGCUGUCCCAUCACAAACACCAGCCCAUACGACAAGAGGAAACUGUGAAGCUCCACAACGGGCCGGCGAAGAACAGCUACAUGGAGCAGAGUUUCCACGGCCUCAACCCGGUGCUAAACAUCCUCGUCAGCCCGGGCUCCGUGGAGCAGGCCAAGAGGAACGCGGCGCUGACCGGGCCAGAGCUCGAGCAUUGGUUGGACAGCCUGGUGGGCGAGCUGUGGGAGGCGGCCGACGUCUGUGCCGUGGGCCCCACGGCCUGUCCUGUCAUGCAGACCUGCUCCAAGAGUCCCUGGAGCUCCCUGAGUCCGGACCCCAAAUCCCAGCUCGGAGCACCACACGCAGACGGGCGUAUCAGGUAGCAGUGAGGCCUCCAGCUGGACGGGAGGCCACGGCACAGGAGUUUCACUGUUGAUUUUUAUUUAUUUAAGGGGUUUGUUGC